UUUUUGUAGCAUAUAUGUCUUGGUCAGUUAUCUAACUCCUCAUUUUCUCUUCCUUCUUGUAGCUGAAGGCUUUGUUUUUCCCAACUAUCAUCAACGUCGCUGCCCCUUUCGACUUUAAUUCUUUGUAAGUUUUAGCUUUGUUUCCUAUUUUUGAUAGAUCAUCAAAACGAUGUCUGUCCUAAAACAGUUUGAACACCUAAAAAUACAACUAGAAGCUAUAGAAUCAACCACAAACAACUUUUCUAAAGAGAGCUGCAUCGGGAAAGGAGGCUUUGGGAAAGUGUACAAGGGAGAACUCCUCCAUUCGAUGGGGCAUACCACGGUUGCCAUAAAACGUUUAGAUCGUUCAUUUGGGCAAGGAGACUCUGAGUUUUGGAAGGAGGUGAUUAUGCUUUCAGUUUACAGGCAUGAAAAUAUUGUCUCCCUCUUGGGGUUUUGUGAUGAGAAAGGCGAGAAGAUCCUUGUGUAUGAGUAUUCAUCCAGAAGAAGUCUCGACUUACAUCUGAACAACAAGGAUCUAACAUGGGUUCAACGCCUUACGAUUUGCAUCGGGGUGGCUCGUGGAAUAGCAUACCUUCAUAAUCCAGCAGGUACUCAACAAAGAGUAUUGCAUAGAGAUAUUAAAAGUUCCAACAUUCUUUUAGAUGAAAAUUGGAAUGCCAAGAUAGCCGAUCUUGGUCUAUCUAAAUUUGGUCCUGCAAACCAGAACUACACAUUCCUUGUCACCAAUAAUAGAGUUGGCACUAUUGGGUAUUGUGAUCCGCUAUAUUUAGAAAGUGGGAUACUAACAAAGGAGUCAGACGUUUACUCAUUUGGUAUAGUCCUAUUUGAAGUUUUUUGUGGAAGAUUGUGUUUUGAAAGCAAUGAUAAGCCUCAAUCUUUUACUCAACUGGUCCGAAAACAUUACAGACAGAAGAACCUAAAUGAAAUUAUUUGGGGUAAUAUAAAGGAAGAAAUACAUCCUACCUCUUUGGAGGUGUUUUCAGCAAUUGCUUAUCAAUGUUUGAAGAAUGACAGUGAAAAACGUCCAUUAAUGGAGGACGUCGUGACACAACUUGAAACUGCCCUCGAAUAUCAAGUUAACAUAGACGGCAUCUCACCGGUACCUCAAAUCCAGAGUAAGCUUACCGGAUACCUCAACGGAAACGACUACUACCACUGGUAGCCGAAACCCGGCCCAAUAAGGGGGCAAGUUAGACGUUGACCCGGGUCAUGAUAUGGUUUGGGCCUUUGGGGCCCCAUAAUUAAUUCUAAUAUAUAAAUAUAUAUGUUGGGUAGCGGUUUUUGAUGUAUUGCGUCUAUUGGGCUCGGUUAUUAGUCCAAGGUUUGUAACUCCGGUUUGGGCCUGUCCAACCGAGAGCCUGAUAGGGUUUAGUAUAAAUAUAUAUGCUUGCAUGCAUAUUAGGUUAAUGAUUGAUAGCGAUAACGAUAGAAAAGAUUAUUACGAUAGAUCAGUGCAUUAUUUCUUUAUCGUUCUUGUAAACCCUAAAUCCUCUACAGUGGAAGUUCUUUAUCGAGCUCUGCUGAGGAUUGUUGAUCUAAUCAUUCGACAUACUUUGAUCCAUACUUGUGUUCUUACAGUUUUCUUGUUUAUAAUUUUACCUGUUAUAAAGAUCCAAACGAUCUUCAAGUUAGUUUCAUAACUUAUCAAUUGGUAUCAGAGCAGGAGGCUGUGUAAUUCAUACACUUUUUUUCCUGUGAAAAAGGUUGCGAUUAGGGUUAUUCCGCAUUUACUGAUAUUUAUUGAGCCGUCAUCCCAUAAUUGACGUAACUCGGUAUUUAUUGUUUUGCCCUAAUUUAAUACAUUACAAGUCUGAUCUUUUAACAGGUUAUUCGAUCAAGCAUGGACGAGUCGCAAUCCAAUCCCAUUAAUAUUUCGAACAACAUUGGAUCAACAACGAAGAUUCCCAUCCUUUACACCCAUGAUUAUGAAGUCUGGGCACAUCACUUUGAAGACUAUGUUAUAGGAUCUGAGGACAAUGGAUACCCCAUCUGGGAAGCAAUAUUUUCUGGACCCUUUGCUCAUUCAGCAACUUCAAGGAUUAUUAAAACUCAGAAGGAGUAUAAUGAUCUUUUGAAAGACGUUAAAGAUAUUGCUCAAGACGAAAAAGAUAAAUUUCAGUGCAAUAUCAAAGCAUUGAGAUUAAUCAGAUUCGCUCUUCAAUCUGAUACUUUCAGGCUGGUGAGUUCAUGCACAACUGCAAAAGAAAUAUGGGACAGGCUACGAGAAUUGUAUUCUACGGACGAAGAUCUUGAACACUCCAUUCAAACCUUACUCUUGUCUGAGUUUGGUGAAUUCAAGCAGGGAGCUGAAGAAACCGUGACUCAAACAUUCGAUCGCUUCAAUCAUCUUCUUAGCAAGAUGAUUAAACAUGACAUUGAAAGGAAGCUAAUUGAGCAGAAGGUUACGUUUUUGAACGGCCUCAGAUCUGAGUGGAGAGCUGUAGUGUCCACAGUUAAAGCGCAUGAGCAAUUCAAAUCCUACUCUUUGGCGAAACUGGUGGGCAUCCUAAAAUCUCAAGAAAAGAUCGUGUUACAGGAGAAAAGUGUGGUCUCAAGCUUGGGUUCGUUGGCUCUUUUGUCCAAAAGCAAAGCGGUGAUGGAAGAAGAAGACCUCAACUUGGAGGACUAUGACCUCACUUCGGAAGACUAUGCUAUGAUGGUGUCAAACCCCAAGAGGUUCAUCAAGAAAAGAUUUCCCACUAAUAAGAACAGAAAUUGGCAGGGAAGUUAUAGUUCUGAAAAUGUCAAAGAUGAACCAAAGGCAGAAGAAUCAAAGAAGGAACCGAAAGCUGAAGGAGAUUCGGGAGUGAGCUGCUAUUAUUGUGGAGGAAAGAACCACUAUGCAAAAGAUUGUGUCCUCAAGAAAAUGGCAGAAAAGGAUGAUGAAAAAGAUGAAGAAGCUUUGUUGCAGAGAAAGCUGGAUGAGAUCAGGAAGAAGAAAUCUACUGCUAACCCUUCUAUGAAUGCUUUAAUUGUGCAGGGUUCGGUAGCGGAUGAUGAGUUCGGUGGCGUGGAGGUCUGGUCAACCGACUCAGAAGAUGAUGAAGUGAGGAAGCCUUCUCAUGGAAAGGCUUAUGUGGCGAAAGAUGAGAAUAGCGGGGGGAAAUGCUUGAUGGUAUCUGAUGUAUCUCAGAUGAGGGGAUACAACACUGAUCGUGGGAAUGAAGACACGAAGGAGCAACAGGAUUUUUGCUUUACAGCUAAACCGCUCAGCGUGCAGUUCAACGAGCUUGAUGAACUGAUCAAGAAGCUACAAUCCAUUUUUGUUUCAUUCAAAGUCCCAUAAUGCUCAUACAAAAAAGAAUUAAAAAGUGUUAAUUCAAGAAUCUCUCAUCUAGACAGUAGUUUAACUCAAACUCGAGUCACCAAUUCUAACCUAACUGACCAAAUAAGCAGGGUGUCUUCGAAGAGUGAGAAACGGAGGAUGUGGAUCGAACUGAAGGAGUCGGAGUUAAUCAAAACAAAA